AUGACUGGAAAUAGUGUUGAUAUUGAUCUUAGUGAUAAUCCUGGAAAUAAAGGUCGACUUACCGUAAUAAGUCAGGGUAGAAGAUACUCUUACAGGAUAUCAAGUGGAGCUGUUGCAAUAAAUGUGAGUGAAUAUGCAUCCGAGAUAACUACAUACAAAAGGCUGACUUAUACCCUACCAGAGAAAUCAACGAUUAAAUCUAUAAAGUACAAGACUCAUGAUACAAAGAUAGUUACAUCCAAUAAAUCAACUUUUAACGUUUAUUAUUGGAUGGGUGAUCUAGGUUAUAGUAAUCCUCUCGUAGUCCAAGUCGAUGGAAAUUAUUAUGAGUAUGAUAGAGAUCAGUGGAAGAAAGAUACUGUUGCGAGUACGAACCUCAAAAAUGGACUUGACCAACAAAAUUGCAAGAGAAACAAAGCUCAUCAACUUGACAUUUCACAAAAGGGUAGUUCGCAUACUUGCAAUUCCAGUGGUUGCAGAAAAAUGGAAUUUACCAUAAACUCUGACGACAAAAAUAAGGCUGAUCAUCAGUACAUAAAAUACAAGUUUACUCAUAGUGGUUCCGGAAGUCUCAAAUUCCUCUACUUUACCCAUAAAUACAUUGAACAAACUGGAUUUUCAUAUCAAGAGGGUAUAAAGCAGGGAAAAAAUAUUUGGUACAAGAAGACUGAAGAGGCAAACAGAUGGGAAGAAAUAUCUCAAAGUAUUAAUAGUAACGUUAAUGAAGAUAGUGCAGUUAUUAUAAAGAGGUUAAUAGAUGGUACAUACCUUCCAACAAUCACAAUAGAUGCUUCAGAGUCUACAUAUACUGAUACAAAUUCACAAGUAAUGAUUAGAGUUAGUAAACAAGAGGGUGAUCCAAAAGGGUAUGAGCAGUUUCUUCACAAGCCAGAAGAUAAUGUAUACUUCAAACUUCAAGCAGUUAAACACGGUGGCAAAACUCUGGAAGGUCUUACUUGUGAAGAACCUCUUGAGAACGUAAUAGCAUAUUAUUUUGGAUCUAAUCCAUCAUAUGAGAAGAAACUUUUAUUGGUAGGGCUAACAAAGCAGGAUGGCAAAAAUAAACAUGUGUAUUAUAGCAGACCACUGUUUACCGGAGGUUUAUGGACAAGAGAGGAACACGAAAAUCCAUUGCAACCAGAUAAACUAAAGAAGAUGUUGGACGCUCUUAGGAAGACACACUUCCCUGAGUCGCCUACCACCACCAUCGUUGGGUCAUCUUUUGGCAGUGGACUGGGCGGAACAGGAAUUAUUGGUCUCGCUGUAUGGAAGGGACCUGCUCUAAUUGCACGACUAAUUGCUCAAGCGAAGAAAGCUCAAAAGAAAAAAGACACUGUCAGUGCAAGUGAAGAUUCAGCAACCAAGUCAUCUAUAGAAGUUGCAAUACCUUCUACUGCUACGAAUACCAUUGAAAUCCUCCGGUGUAUAUUUAAUGGGAAUUCGAUAGACAAAGUAAUUGAACAAGACAAUGAUAUUGUGGUUCAUUCUCUGGAUCUUCCUGGCUGCAUAAACAAUAAUCUGCUAUUUCUUAAUCUGUACUGCAAAGUGGAUGUUAGAAGAACUGCCCUUCGUGGAAAUGCAGUUUUGCCAAAUUCCGUAGGACCAAAGCCCAGACUCGUUGCAAUCUGCGAACCGGAAGAAGUGGAGUUGGCGCUGAAGAAUGGCGCUACUUUUGCAGGUUUGGAUAACAUCUUGGAGAGAAUUUCUGGCGGAUGGACGAAUUUUGACCUCUGCGUAUCCACUAGUAUUCACAUGCCAAAACUGGUUAAAGUCGCAAGAAUUCUUGGUCCAAAGAAACUCAUGCCAAAUAUUAAAACUGGCACGCUAACUGGAAACUUGAUGGAUGCUAUAAGGAGACUAAGCAGCAACAAGUGUGUACAAUACCGUGCAGAAUCUAUAUCGCAAGACGAGUAUGAUGUUCUAAAGGCUUCAUUCGAUCUCAUAUUUUCUAAAGAGCUGCAAGUUAGUCCAUAUGAGAUUUCCAAGAUUAAAGUACCAAUCGGGGAUAUACACGCAGAUCCCGACAAGAUUAUCGCAAAUGUUAACUCUCUAGUUAUUGAGAUAUUCAAGAACCGGCCAGUUAUAACUGCACAAAAGACGAGUUCACAAUUCCAGUGGCCCCCCGUGAGAAGAUCGCUAAACACGGUCUUGAGCGACAUGGAACAUACGUCUGAUGACUCUGGAGGAAGUUUUAUACUCACAACCGCUUUGGGUUUUGAGGAUGACACAGUCACAAGACCGCUUUUCUUGCAAGACAUUAAAGUUUACUAA